UGUACAUAUUCAAUUUAUUACGGAUAGUGACUGAUUGCUUGUGAUAAUAAUCUCUUAUUGUCUUUUGUUGCUUUUCGCUCUUUCAACAGAAUGGCAACAAAAUGGGGCUGUGUUGGACCAGGAAAGAUAUCAUGGGAUUUCUUCCUCGCUAUACAAGAUAAUUUACCAAAGGAGGAUCAUGAGUUUGUUGCGGUUGGCUCGAGGGACCUUACCAGGGCUCAGGCGUUUGCAGAAAAGUUCAGUUUCAAGAAAUCAUAUGGCUCUUACGAUGAACUUGCCUCUGACAAAGACGUUGAGGUUGUUUACAUCGGUACUGUUCACACGAGUCACGCGGAGCUGUCAAUCAAAAUGUUGUCAGCCGGGAAACACGUGAUCUGUGAGAAGCCAAUGGGAAUGAAUUACAAGCAGGUGAAACAAGUUCUGGAUGUAGCAAAAAAGAACAACGUGCUUUUUGUGGAAGGAGUUUGGAGCCGCUGGUUUCCGGUAUACGAAAAGAUACGUGAGGAGCUGGUUGCUGGCUCCAUUGGUGAUCCAAGAUUGGUGCAGGCAAACUUCUGUGUCCCUAUAAUAGAUAUUCCUCGAAUACGCGACAUAAAAGUUGGGGGAGGAGGAGCACUAGAUAUUGGCAUUUACGUCAUCCAGUUUGCGGUAUUUGUCUUCAAAGAAAUGCCGCAAAGUAUUACAGCAGUCGGGAAUUUGAGAGGAGAUGUUGAUGAGUCGGCAUGUAUAAUACUGAAAUAUAAAAAUGGAGCAAUGGCCAAUUUGACGUAUCAUACAGACGCUGGAAAGGGAGAUAAUAAUGCUUCUAUCCUUGGAAAAACAGGACGCAUUGAGGUUCAAGCUCCGAUGCAUUGCCCGACGACCAUGACAAGCGUAUCAGGCACUUCCGCUUUUCCCUUGAAAGACGCAGAUUAUUUUCAUACAAAUAGUGCAGGACUUCAAUACGAGGCUGCUGCAGUUAGGGAAUGUAUUCGAAAAGGUGUAAUGGAAAGUGAUAACUACACCCAUGCUGAGAUUGAAAUAGUACAUCAGAUAAUGGACGAAGUCCGGAAACAAAUUGGAAUGAAAUAUCCUGACUUUGACUAAAAUUAUUAUCUUCCUCUUAAAGACAUAUGAAGGUACCUACAUAUCUGUCGGUCAAGGUGCACGUGCUAGUGGAUAUUGAAUUUAAUGCUGUUUACCCAUGAUUGGAAUAGAAAUAAAACACGAAAGAUAAUUUAA